GAUGGCGUGAGGACAUAGGCCGGUGGUUGGUUUGAUCGGAGCCACGUGUGCGUCCGGCAACGUCUCUUCGCCGCUUCAUGGAUGUCGACGAGACGCUGGUUUCCCACGCUGCCCCGGUCUCCUCCGUCUUGGCCCAGGUUUCUUGGGAAAAGUUUAUUCACGAAUCCUUGAAGAAAUCAAUCUGUUGUUCAUCUGCAUCCUCAAGCUUCGUUAAUGGGACUCAUUACUUCUGAUAUGAAUCGCUUUAAAUAAGCAGAACUGCGCUUUAGCAAAGAAGCUCUAGAUAAAGACGAGCACAGACCGGAUCUUCUGGCGAUGCCAUCAGCCUGCUGUACGAUGUGUUUACAACUGUGGCUGAGCAACGGGACCUUGGACUACGUUGGCAACACUGAGCAGCCAUGAUCUCUGCACCAACUGAUCGGUCAGCCAUGAGGGCAACUCUGAGCUGAUAGUAUGUGGUCAGCAGCACUGUGGCCCACCUUCCUGCUUCACCCUCAAUAAAACCAAGCUGGACAAUUCAGUCGACGUUGUGAAAAUGGCAGCGAAGAGUUUCCAGCUGGGGACAGACGACGAGCUCCAGGCUGCGUCAUCGCUAGCAUCCCUCCAUCUCAGGGACGGCGUUGGGAUCGGGAACACUGGCCACAUGGAGGACAAUCCAGAGCCCAAUGCUGCCCUUCCUGCGAUUACAUCACCACCUCCUGACCAAUCACAGCAGCAAGCAGAGAUCGCUCCACCAGCAGAUCAAGUUGAUGUUUCAGAGUUCCUGGAAACUGAAAAGGACCAAAACGACGGCGAGGAGAAAGCUUGCAUUCGGAAACCGGCUCCUCAGCAGCUCUCCUCGCAUUUUGCUCAAGAUCAUGAGAAUCCUGACCUGAAACCAACCAACACUAGCAAAGAAGGAGAUAUCCCACCAGAGAACAACAUAACCAAAGCGAUGGCAGCCUCUGACAGCAGCAUUGAUGAUCAGCGGCUGUCUGAAGCAGAAUGGUACUGGGGAAACAUUUCAAGAGAGGAGGUAAAUGAGAUGAUGAGAAACACUCCUGAUGGUACAUUUCUGGUGCGAAAUGCUUCCAGCCGGAUUGAAGGGGAAUACACGCUGACUCUACGAAAAGAUGGGUACAACCGACUAAUAAAAAUCUUCCAUCAAGGGGGGAAGUGCGGCUUUUCUGAGCCACUGACUUUUCCCUCACUGGUAGACCUGAUCCAGUACUACCAGAAGAAAUCACUAGCCCAGUACAACUCUAAGCUGGAUAUCAAGUUACUUUACCCAGUUUCCAGAUACUAUCAACACCAUGUGAUGGAGAUCGAUAUUGCAGCAAUCGGAGAACAGCUGAGGAUAUUUCAGGAUCAAUACAAGGAGAAAAGUCAAGAGUAUGACCAUCUAUUUAAGGAGCUGAACCAAACCUCACAGGAGCUCCAGAGUAAACGAACGGCCAUUGAGGCUUUCAGGGAAAUUAUUCGGAUCUUUGAGGAGGAGUGUGAAACCCAGGAGCGCUACAGCAAGGAAUACAUCGACAUGUUCCUCACAUUAGACAGCAGCACAAAAAAUGACAACAGAAUUCAAAACAACUCUGAUGAACUGCAGUCCAAGGUGGAGGAGAUCCACAACAGCAAGAAGAUGUUGGAGGAAGAACUGAGAACAAAAGCUCUGGCUCACAUGGAGGUCGACAGGAAAAUUACUAGACUGAAGCCUGAUCUUGUACAGCUCAGAAAAAUCAGAGAUCAAUACCUUCUAUGGCUAACCCAGCAAGGCAUGAGACAGAGUCAAAUUAACAACUGGUUCGGUGUUAGACCUGAUGAAGAAGACCCUUACACCCUUGAAGAUGACACCCAUGAGGAAGAGAGGAGUUGGUACGUUGGAGGUAUGAGACGAAAAGAGGCGGAGGAGCUGCUGAAAGGAAGGCGGGAUGGGACGUUCUUGAUCCGGGACAGCCAGACUCAGAGGGGAUCCUUUGCUUGCUCUGUUGUUGUGGACGGAGAUGUCAAACACUGUGUGAUCUACAGGACGUCCACAGGUUACGGCUUCGCUGAGCCCUACAACUUGUACUCGUCGUUGAGGGAGCUUGUCCUCCACUACCGCCACACAUCACUGAUCCAACACAACCAGCAGCUGAAUGUAACCCUGGCCUGGCCCGCUUUCAGUCAGCAGUCCAGCUGAGUCGCACCAGCACACCGUCCUGAUUCCCAAAGUUUCACAGCAUUAGCACAGAGGACUCACCCAUAAGGAAACAGGUGAAAACAAAGAUCCUGUUAGUGAUUCACAGUCAGAAGAACUAACUGGUAUGUUUUCACAUAAAAUACAAGAAUGAGCAGCAGUCAGCUUAUAAUAGAGAUCUGAAGCAACUUCAGCUUUAAUUACGUCUCAGACCGUCUGCAGCCCUAAGAACUUAUACGCUGGUACACUUUAAGAUGUUCAGUUCAAGCAGAUCUUAAAAAAAUGACACCAGUUUAUCAUGUUGCUAUAAAAUCCAAUCUAAACUGUUCCAAUGAAUCGUAUUUGUUGUCUAAACCACUUUUUAUUCACACAUAAACUCAUUCAACAAUAAUGCACACAUUUGUAAAAUGUAGAGGUUUUAUAUGACAAGGAGGAACAGAAAAGCAUUAAUAAAACCAUUUUUGCUAAAACAGUUGUAGCAGAUGGCUGUACAGUCAUGGGAAAAAAAUGCAGCCUUGCUGCUAAUCAAAGGUACAUGAUUAAUUGGUCCUCACAUCAGCGAGUGUAACGAUCACAGAGAUCUCAGAACAGGGACGGUUUGGAGUAAACUGGUGUGUGUUGAAAGACAUCAAUGACCUUCGAGAAGCAAUUUUUCAGGUUUCCACCAAACUUGGAAAAAGCUUGAACAAUUAUAAAAGACUAAUCAAGUAUGGCUGGUGUGGAAGGGAUGUCAGGAGAAAUUCUUGAUCCAUAAAAAGAUUAUUGCUUAAUUAAGGUUUGCAAAGUUGUAUCUGAAUGAACUACAAGGACUUAAGGAACAAUCAAUGUUGUUUGGACAGAUGGGAACAAAUUAGAGAAGUUUAAAUGUGAUUCACAGACAUCCUCAUCUCAACUGUGAAGCAUGGUGGUGGAAAGAGAUUAUUCUGCUUUUUUCCUACUUGUAAACCCAUUUAUUUGACUGUAAUAUUUGUAUGCUAGGGUGAACCUAAAACCAAAUUUCUACCACAGCAAAUUUCACACCUGAUAGUCCGGUUUGACUGGGGACCAAAUUCGACACAAAAACCUCUGAAGAAAACACUGAGCAAAACUUCCUUCUUCACAAAAUGUAAACAGAAAUAGAGUAGCAUUUUAGCUGUUGUAGGAUUUCUCUUUUGUCUUUGGUAAAAGAUAGUGAGCCUUAUCUCCUGCUAGUGCUAGACACAUGCAUUUGUUUUUGGUUGUACCCAGAAUUCCCUACACUGUAGUAUGUUUCCUGAUUUUGGAGCAGCUCCUGGUUUGCUUGGCAUUCACAUUUUCAUUGAAACUGCACCAGAUUUCACUUCAACGUAACAGAGAUGUUGACGUUUUGGUCCCCAUCAGAGCUUGAUUGAACAGUCACUCCUCCCCAAACAAACCGGACUUUUCAGGCAAACAAACUCAAAUUUGAUUAAAGUGACUAACAAGCCUGGUGUGAAAGGUGUUGAAAAAUUCAAUCUAGACAAUUGGCUGCUAUUGAAUUGUGGCGUGUCUUCUGAUUGCUCUUUCCCAUGACUGUAGGUCGGCUGCCUGUUUUUGCUCUUCAUUGACAGAUUUGAUCUUCUGACUGAGUAGCAUGAAGUGGAGUAGUUAACUUCUAGAAAUACUAAAUUUUUAAACAACUUACAGGGAUGCUAAAUGCUAAUGUUUCCAGAAAAAUAUACUCAAUCCUCCUGUGGAUCAUAUUAAUUACUAAACUAUGGUCCAGAACAAUGUGCUCAAAUGUUAGUCCCCACACGUUUAAUCUCUCUGUAGUAAGACAUGUCUUCCAUGCAAUCAAACAUGUUUAUUCAGGGACGAAGGAGUGUUAAAUGUGCUCCGAGAGCUCAGGAAGGGACUCUGCAAACAUGAAGGGUACUGCAGGGACUGGGGAGACACUCAAGCACUUUAUCCAGACAAAAAAUACAAAAAGGAAUAGGUUCUCCAAGAUGGCUCCAUUUUGCUGCUCUUGGCUAGUGAAACAUCUUGCGUUAUUCAACAUAAAUACAGUUUUUUCCUCUUCCUAAAGUCUCAUUUGACGGUAUAUUAUGAGAGACAAAGACUGAACAACAAUCUAUUGUUUAAAUAAAGCAAGUAAUUACUCUGGUUUAGAUUAAUACUCUUAACUUUUAUUUCCUUUUCCAAGGAUUUGAACAGACGAUUUUCUGUUAAGUUUGUUGAUUAUAUUAUGGAUGACAUUACAAAAGGCUAAAACAGCUAGUUUACAAAUCUUUAAGUAAUUGUUGAAAGGUGCCUUUAAGAGUUUUACGCCAGCUAUAAUAUUCACCUUACACACUACAAUGGUUUGAUGAAAUCAGUAGGUUUUGUCUGGUUGGAUAUGAUUUUAUAAACAUCCAUGAUGAUCAAUCAGAAGAAGGCUUUGCCUCCAAUUUAGCAGUACAAUUUUAAGGACGACCCAUAGCACAGACCCAUUAACAUAAAUGUCUGAGAAAAAGGGUGUCACUGACGUUUCAGGACAAAGCUAAUUUAGCACAUAAAUAAAAUCUGGAGAUAAUCCACGUAUCACUACUAACAUCUAUGUUAUUUGUGUCGAGGAUAAUCUAAAACUACACAGUGACUUCCAUAUUCACAACUGAAAUUGCAAUGCAGUUUUCCCACAGUGUGUUGUCAGCCUGGCGGGCCACCAGGCUUUACUUGUGCCCCCACCAGACUAAGCAUUGCUUAUUUAUUUAAGUCUUUUUAAAAUGUUUGCAUUUUUUAAGACUAUAUAGUUUGUGUUGGGGUAUUAAUCUUCCAAUCUUUCAAGAACACAUAAUUAUCAAAUGAUAUUUUCACAUUUCUUGUCAACAUUUUUUAGCUCACAGACACGGGGCUAAGCAAGUUUUCUGGGGGAAACCUUGCAAUGCAAGUUUCUAAUAGUCCACCAACCAAAUUUCAGUUAAAAUUUUUGCUGCGUUUACAUUUCUUAUUGGGGUUUCAGAGCAGGUAAUGUUUCCAAUAAAUAUGACCAUGAAUAUUCACACAACAAGCAAAUCAGAUCUUUUUUGCCUAUUUGCAACUUAUAUCUGACUUUUUCAUUGCGGUCUGAUCUUUCACCACCGCCCCCAGAUGGAAAAAAAUAAAAAUAAAAAAAAAUCCAACUUGUGCCACUUCCCUAUUUGGUACAAAUUGGAUCCCACUCUUUUCAUUUGCAGUCUGAACGGUCAUGUGACAUUUUAUCCAACUGUCAUGUCGCUGUCAUGAGACACCCAUCAGUUAUGGUAAAUACAAACUUAAACAAUGACUGAAAAUUAUGACAGAAGUAAGUUACGUUGACAAACUCAGAUCAGACGAGAUGAACCGCUAAACACGUUACAAAGCGGAGGAAAAGAAACUAGCUAGCCACAAACAGAGGGCACCUGUUUUAAGUCAAUUAUUCAGUGUCACAUUAUUGGUGCUCCUGUUAGAAAUGCACUUUUAUUGCAGUAGCAUAAUCUCAAGAUGUUCAAUGGUCUCAGUGUCACUGUGUGAUUGUCUUUCUCCAGCCCCGUUUGUCACAAUUCCAGUUUAGAGAUCAGUAGUUUGAGUGGCUGAUCUCCAAUACCUGCUUUUUGUGAAGAUCAACACAUAUCUGCUUUACUUGAAUCGCAUGAAUAAUAAUGGGCUUGUAUUGAAUCAUAAUCAUAACCGUGGGAAUAAUGACAUCGCAAAAUUUUAAUUCAAACUCAGAGAUGCUCUGAAGAAAUGUAAAAAUUUGAGGCAUAAAAUCUAACAACGGUUUGUUUAGAUUUAUUUUGAAGGAUUUAUUUCUAGGUGCUAGUAAGUGUAGAAAUUGUGAUUUUAUGAAGAACAAACAUCUUUUAGAACGACAUUAUUCCUCCCACUCAAAAAAAAAUUCUCAAAUUUUCAGCGUGAAUUUAUAACAUUUAAAUAAAAGUUACAUUUUAUGUGAAGAUUUUUUUCUAUUAUUAGAGGUCAUCAGUCUUUUCCUUAGCUACAUAUGUAGAGCUCUAUUGAAUUGUUUACAUCCUAAUAUGUUAAGUAGUGAGAGAUGCAUCCGUUAUGGCUCUGCAUAUAUACAAAAGUUAAUGAUAGUCCAGAAGUACUGUGAUGUGAUCCGUCGAACGAAGCAAGUAUUACCUCUAAAAGCUUUAAAAUAGCUACUACCUCAGUUUGAGGUAAAACUCAAAAAAAGAUGAAACACUGUGUCUAAGUUAGGAGAUUCUUAGUUUAACAUUUCCAAGCUUGUUUUCUAUUAUAAUUAUUGGCAUUUCAAUAUAAAUUGUUUACAUUUUAAAGCUAUCCAGGAAUAGUCAACUCUGGGGGAAACUGGUCUUACACCCAGGGACUUUGGAGUGGAGAUAAUGUAUUGUUUGAAAAUCCAAAAACUUUUUUUAAAAAUAAAAAAAAAAAGAAAACAAUGACCAGUAUUGCACAUUAAAGAUAUGAAUAUUUAGGCGUACAGAAUAUUAAAAUAAUAUAAUAAAUAAUUCUUCUCAAUUAUGAUGGGUCACUUUUAAUGCAUUUCUCUCUUAACGGUCCACCAUGUGCUUGAUUGUCAUUAUGUCACUUGAUGUUGUCAGUUCUGUUAGACUGUUACCUGCCGUGAAGUGAGUUGGACAGAUUUUUAGCUUUUCUGGUUGUAAAAAUAAAAACAUAAAAAUAAAUAAAAAAGAAAUUAGAAGUUGCAUGAUCUUGUUACAAUGCAUAUAAUAUGUUAGGCUGGGUACUGUUUAGAAAUCAAUUUUACUUCUACAAUUUUACCACCAGCUAGAUAAGACACUUUCUUUGCUUUUUACCUCAAAAUUAUGUAAAAUAUUUUCCUUUAUUUGUGCGAUUUGUGAUUGCCAUGAUUUGUUGUAGUUUUUCCAUUUUAAACAACACAGUACAGAGCAGCUGGCUCACGUUUAACGUUAGGUGUGCCUGCUACCACAUCAGCUCGUUGGUGUUGCACAGUAUUAAAAUGUGAAGUCUUGCAAUGCACAGGUUUUGAACAAACCACCACAACGGAGUGAGACGAAAACUUGUAUGAAAGUAAAAAAUGAAGAUAUCUGCCCCUUCUAAGUCAUGUUGUGUAUUUUGUACUUUUGGCAGAUUCAACAAGCCGAGCGAUAGAUUAUAUCUGCAGCUUCAAACAUAAAUGUCUAAUUUAUUUAUUUACAUAAAGGCUGUAUAUCUGUUGAUUUUGUUGCACAAGUACAAAAAAUAAAAUAAAUGAAUAUACGGGUUGUGUGUGAACAGAAGCAGACAUGACCACCGCUCUGUGGGGUUUGAAUAAAGCAUAGCAUUUGCACAGAAGUAUCUUCAAAUAGUUACAGAUACUCAAAAGUUUCCUCAUGUACACUAACCCUGUUUGAGAGACAGGUAGACUUGUUAUAGUUGUAUAUAUCUAUGGGACAAAAGUUGCAAAUGAGAUUAAUGUGUAGUAGCUCCAUAAAAAAGUAAGUAGCAUCUCUAUCUAUAUGACUACUGAAAUAUAAUUGAUAUUUUCUGUAAAGUCAGAGAGUUUUGUGAACAAUUUGGUCUUUUUCUGUGUCAUUGUUGCUUUCUGUAUAUGUAAUGUUUUAUCACUGUGCAAACAGAAUAUUAAAAAAUAGAAUAUUUUGAAAUGAGAAAAGAUGCUGGGAGAAAUUAAGCACCAAUUCAUGGCACCAAGCAUCUUUUUAACCGUUUGGAUGCUAUAGCUGUUGUUGCGGAUGUGGAGCAACAGAAAAUAAAGCUGAAUUUAUUGGGAUGUUUAUUUAUUUAUUUAUUUAUUUUCAAAACUUCUACUAUUCAGUUUGGCAAUUAUCUAAAGUCUACUUCUUGUAAUUAUUAGUAGUCGUUUUUGUUUUUGCUCCUGAGUGACUGAGUUCAAUGGUGCAAAAUGUUGCUGUGGCAUGGAAGAAUAAAUCCAUUAGCCGGGUUGAAAUUUAGAAAACAGUUGGUUUUCUCUACAGUUAGGUCUAGAUUUUUGUUUAAAAGACGACUUGAGAGGCUUGUUAUUACAGAACAGAGAGAGAAUGGAGAGAGAGCAAUGCUGUAGGUGUAAGAGUAAGUGUUUUUAUUGUGGCUAAUUCCAUGCAGCUAAUGCAAAUAUGAAUAUUUUCACACUUCCUAAAAAGUUAUUUUUGCAGUGUAUGGAAAACAGAAUGGCUUUAGCAGAUAAAAAGAUGUUGAUAGAAAGUAGAAGAAUGGAACAUGCUUGCAACUUAGAAAUCAGAAUAAUUUUAGAUGUCCCUAACUUGUGAAAAUAAUCAUAUGUCAAAUUACAAUAACUUCAAAAAGUUAUUUUCAGUACUUAGUCACUGUACACUUGACAUAAGCAAAUUUGUUGAAGUGUUUAUUUCUGUUCAUUUGGAUUCUUAAGGUUUACAGCAAAUUUCAAUUACAUUACAAAAAAAAUAUAAUUGAACACAAAUGUUAGUCUUCUGAAAAGCAUGUCCAUGUUUUUAGACCUACCACAUCUUUUCCUUCCUCUCAAAUUUCUAAGAAAAAUCACUGACUUGACAUUUGGAGGGGAAACCUCAAAAGGUCAAGAUUGCUCAUAGCACUGUAUCCGGCACAAUAAAUGGAAAGUUGAGUGGAAGGAAAAAGUCGGGGGAGAAACAGGGAUAUCUGUGGCUGCACAGAACUUCCUUUACAGAAUCUUGGAAAAAUUUGAAUAAAUUAAAUUUUUUUAGUUGGUUGCUAAACAGAAAUGCCAUGUUAGUCAAAGGUCAGAGAUCACGUCUUAUCCAGAGUUACAGGCAAGUGUUGGAUGGUAAGCGUUUGAGUGGGAUUAAAAAUAGAAAUUAACUUUGAGAAUAAAAUUAAUCAGAAGACUCAUCUUCCGUAUCUUAAUUAUUUUUUUUGGCUUUGGAUCCAAAACUGUCUUCCAUGCCAUGAUGAGAUGUUAUCUUGCAUUUGUAUUGUUUUCCUUUGAAUGGUGUUACUUUCAAUUUGCUGAAAAUGUCAUUAGCUUAGUAAAAUGUUCAUUAUCUAGGAUCUCUGAUCUGUGUAUAUUGUUUAAUCCCUUUUUUAUUUUCUGUAUCACAUUAAAAACACUGUCAGGAUGAUGUUUCUGUGACUGUUAUUUUCUUUUCCUUUGUGGACGACUAAAAGUGUCUCUUGUUUGAUUCUGAGAAUAACAGAAUUGAUCAACAUGUUUUUUGGAAGCAAUCUUGUUACUGUAAAUGGUUAUUUUCUGUAUUAAUUAUGCAAUGCCAUGCAUCUUGUGAGAAUUUUCUUUUUCUUUAGGAAGGUCCUACCUGAAAAACUGGAUUUAAACUAUUCUGUUGGUGUAAAACCUGACUGAGAAAAUUAUGUUGAAGUGAGCACUUUCAGUUCUCAAAUAAAUUUUAAAUGG